AUGAUUUCCAGAAAGGACCUUAUCAGCGCCAUGAAGCUGCCAGACAAUGAACCAUUGACGCCGUCUUCGUACUGGAUAAUCACAGAUACGUGGAAACAGGACUGGGAGCGGGGUGUCCAGGUUCCGGUUAACCCUGACUCCUUGCCGGCGCCCAAAGUCGAGAUCAUCGACAACCCACCACCGCCUAACUUCCAGGAAUUCAAAUUACCUAAAGAUAAAUACUUGCACUUGGCGCGCGGAUGCCAAUUACUCAGGCGGAAAAGCAAAAUUUUGAGUACGACGCCGGCGCGGCCGAGGCUGCUUGUAGCUAUGACUUAG